AUGACAUUUGGCGUGUGGAAUAUGCGCACACUUCUUGACCGCGAAGAAAAUGCCUGUCCUGAGCGGAAAACUGCCAUCGUAGCUCGGGAACUAAGUCGCUAUAAUACUGAUGUGGCUGCACUCAGCGAAACACACCUCCCCGAUGAAGGAGAGCUGGUAGGAUACGGCGGCGGGUAUACUUUCUUUUGGAAAGGACUCGCUUCCUCAGAGCCGCGAAGGUCUGGUGUAGGUUUCGCUGUCAAGAACUACCUUGCUGCUCAACUACAAGAAUACUCUGUACAGAUCUCGGACCGCAUUACCACAUUGCGCCUUUACAUGGGACAUGAAAACUAUCUUAAUGUCAUCAGUGUCUAUGCCCCUACGCUAGACAAGUCUGAUGAAAUUAAGGAUAAAUUUUACGAAGAAUUGACGCGGUACAUAGAUCGUAUCCGUCCAAGGGAGCAAAUCCAUCUCUUGGGCGACUUUAAUGCCCGAGUAGGACGAGAUUAUGACGCCUGGCCUAAAGUUCUGGCCAGACAUGGUGUUGGUAAAAUUAACAGCAGCGGCCAACUCUUGCUUAGUUUUUGUGCACAAUUACAUCUUGCAAUUACAAAUACUAUGUUCAGAUUACCUGCCAAGUACAAGGCAACGUGGAUGCAUCCCAGAUCGAAGCAUUGGCACCUUAUCGAUUACGCUAUCGUGCGUCAAAAAGACAUCUCUCAAGUCCUAGUCACCCGUGUCAUGCGUGGUGCUCACUGUUGGACUGAUCACAGGCUUGUUGUUAUUAAAUUAAAUCUUCGUCUUCCACGUCCUUGUAGAUCUGAAAGAUCUAAACAGAUACGUCUGAACCUUGAACGAUUCCAAGAUACUAACACGAGGGCUAAAUAUGCCGAAACAUUGAGCACUGUUCUGCAGCCCCUCGACCCAAAAUCAAGUGAGAUCAAUACUGUCUGGGAGUCUCUAUCUCCUCAUGUUCUCGACACUGCUAAAUCUACUUUAGGUUUGAGAGUUCGAAAACAUGAGGACUGGUUUGAUGAUAAUGAUGAGGUACUUACGAACGCUAUUGAUAAACACCGUAGGCUCCUAAAGCAGCACAGUAAAACUCAUCAGAGUGUUAGUGUUAAGGAGUUGCGUCAUAGUGAUCUGGAGCUGCGUAAACUCGCACAACAAGCGAAAGAUAAGUGGUGGCAGGAGAAGGCUCGUCAGAUGCAGUGGCUCGCUGAUACCAACCAGCGCGGUGAGUUUUAUUCUGAGGUGCAACAUCUACUCGGUACGUCCACAAUGGCAAAAGUUCCACUGAAUUCAACUAGUGGUGAAGCGCUUUUUAAAAGUAGGAAGGAAAUACUCGAGCGACGGGCGGAGCAUUUCAACACCCUACUUAACAUGGAUCAUGUUGUUGACCUAGACCAUGUUCGCUGCCUACCUCAGCAACCUUUCGCCCUCGAGCUCGAUAAGCCAGUCUCGCCUGACGAGGUUGCUCUUGCCAUUAAGCAACAGCAAAAUAAACGCGCGGUUGGUGUUGAUUUUAUACCGGGUGAAUUAUUGAAGUAUGGCGGUGGGGAUUUGUAUUCGGCGAUAUGGGAACUUUUUGUCGUUAUGUGGGAAAAAGAACAAGUUGGGGGAUGA